UUCCUGCCAUCACGCUCCCCGAUAGUGUCGAGACAUCCAGACUCGCUCACCGUCUCGCUUCGACGUGGUGAAUCUCCUACAAAUGGCUUACGCCGUUUACUCCGUAACGAGCGUUUAUCACAGAUAGGGGAUUAUCCAGGAUCAGAACCGAUAUCCUUGACCAUGUCGCUCCCAAUCCAGGCCGACCUUCCCGCUGCCGAAGGCGACGAGAACCAAUCAAUGUUUCAUCAACGUCCGCGUGCCAUUACAUCUGCAGCGGUGCAUGGCAUUCUCUCAGAUUUGCCCGCGAUAGAGCACGUUCCUACUGGCGCCCCCUGGGAGGUUCGCCGGCCGCAGGGCCGAUUUGAGCCGCAUGUUUCUCAACCGCCCGCUGUGCGCGAGACUUCUCUUCCGAAUGUGUAUUCUCUUCAAGCAUUUCAGUCCCACCCUCUAUCAUCGACUCUGACUGGUGCAACUACAGGGGGAUCUCAAUUGGGAUCCAGCUCGACACGUCGUAAGCCAGGAAUCUUCAUCCUAGCACAACGCCCAGGGUUUAUUUCAUCAGGCUCGUCUCCCUUGCCGAUAGGUGCUCCACCGCUGAGGUCCCAAUCAUCCCAAAAAGCAAGUCGCUCGCCAUUCCCUCAGGUGCUGUCACGAGCCUUCUCUGAGCCGCCUCCGCAGCAGUCGGGACUGACCCACGUCGGGCAGUUGGCGCAUCCAGAUGCGAUGGGCCGUUAUACUCAUUCCGAAAGUGAGCGACAUAUGUUUCAACAGACGGCCAGCUCCAACAGAGGCGUGCCUGUUAGCCUCCCGAAUGUGGCGGCCAACCUCCCUUUGUGUUCCAUGCACCCACAGCAGCGUUCAGAUGACCCAGGUAGUUUGAGCAAGACUGUCUCGUCGGCAUCUACAUCACCAAGUUCAGCAUCAAAAUAUUGGACCCCAUCGGAGCACCCCCACUACAACUCGUUUCCAGCUGCCAGUUUGCUCUCCCCUGCCUCCACUAGAGUCACAGUCGACAUCGAGCCACCCCAAUUCCUUCGUUCAGCGCCUCUCGCUCCCCAUGCAGACCCGGCGCUCCAAACAGCAAUAAUGCCGUCUUCAGCUAGAUCUGAGUUAUUUCGUGCCCUCUCAAUUGAGGGGGUGGAUCCUUCUCUCGAGGCUUCUCAAAGCCCGUUAGGACCAAUUGGUAGUCCGUUUAUCCCUCCAGCCCCUAUCGAACGCCGACCAAUGGAGCGUGAGACGUUCCGUCAGCGGAUUCCAUACUCUUCCCAACUGCCUGCAACUACGACUCCAUCAUAUCAUUCGUCUUUAAUACAACGCGCUGAGGGCGACCCUGAUGCUCACCGGUAUCCAAGCCCUGGGGAUUUGACGUCAAGCGGCCGGUUUGCUGGCGCCACUGGGUCCUCCACUCCCUCGCUGUCGAGGCCUCUCUCUUUUGCCCCACCAGUCUCCUCUGUCGAUCCAUUCCAGCUGGAAGCUAUUGGACAUUUGAAUGAGGCCAUGACCCAACUUGAACUGCAGGACGUAGCCACAGGUUAUGCCGAGUUUGUGAAAAAUGAUAAUGACAAGGGAGCCGCAUGAGAGAUACCCGGCAGGUCCAUUUUGAUGUAGCAAAUCUUCAAACAUUUACAGUCAUGAGCCUCGUAAUCUAAGGCUUGUUUCGAUUAUCCGAUCAAAUUAAGGUAUUGAUUCUCACG